UAUUGUAAAUGAAAUCCUGAAAGUAAUAAUUAAAGUAAGGGUAGGCAGUGACAUCUCAUUUUGCUGGGUUCCUGGGCACGCUGGGAUUCAGGGAAAUGAACAAGUGGACAGCUUAGCCAAAGAAAGCUUGAAUAAGCAAGCUGUAGUACAACUCCCCCUAGGAAGAGUGGAACUGAGAGGGAUAAUUAAAGAGGGCAUAAUAAAGGAGUGGCAGGUGGGCUGGGAGAAAGAAAGUAAGGGGAGGCAUUUCUUUUCUAUACAAUCUCUAGUCAAUAGGAAAUGUCAUUGUAGUUCUCCAUCCCGAAGGGACUCUGUUAAACUGUGUAGAUUGAGGUUGGGUCAUUGUGGUUUAAACCAGUCUCUUUUUAUUAUAGGAAAGCACGACACAGGUCUAUGUCACUGCGGGAGGCCUGAAACAGUUAAACAUGUGUUCUUAGAAUGCAGUCAAUACAACGCUGAAAGGCAGAGACUAUUUUCCCAAAUGGCAGAAUUAGAAGUUCAAGUUUUCUCUAUUUCUUCUUUGUUUGGCCACUGUGAGAACCAUCAAUUGACUUCCAGAGCAGUUUUGCCGUUUCUGCAUGAAACUGGACUAUAUAGAAGAAUCUGAAGUAGAUUAGAAAUAACGACCAGUGGAGGGCAGUAAUACGCAGUUCAGCGUCUACACUGCCGGAAAUCAAGAAGAAGAAGAAGAAGAAGAAGAAGAAGGGACUGAGGACCUAUGCAGAGGACUGUCUAUCGUCUCAGUAGCGUGCCGGUGGCCGAGAGAAACCAAAUGUAUGAAAGUCUACUUAAACUGGCAGUGAUGUUACAACGUAACCCUCCUCAUUGAAGAUGGCAGCAGUGCCUGGAGUGUGGGCUUUCUUCAGCCUCCAUCGAUCAGUGAUAUUGCAGUGCCGCUUUCGACUCCUUCCAGUACAGUUGACAUCAGUCUCCCUUCCCAGGAGUCUUUGCAGCACUACUACAAGUACAAAUGAACCAGAGCCACCUGAGAACUCUGAGAAUAAAUCUCUCCUUCAGAACCUGAAUCUCCUGGGAGUUGAUGUGAAGAAGGCACAUCAGCGUCAGCCUGGAGUGUUCCGUAAAGUCACCACUAAUGAGCAAGGUCUCGCUCAGUUUCUGAAAAGCAAAGGGGCCAGUGGCAAAGUAAUCGCUGACAUCAUAUCCCGUUAUCCCCGUGCUAUCACCCGCUCAAUUAAUCAUUUGGAACAGCGCUGGAAGCUGUGGAAAAACAUCUUCAAGACUGAUGAAGAAAUCGUGAACAUCCUAAAUCGUUCACCCGAGUCUUUCUUCCGGACCAGUGAUAAUGAGAACUUGGAGAAAAACAUAGCUUAUCUGACCUCAUUGGGAUUAAACACCAAAGACCUCCAUCGGCUGCUGACCACAGCACCACGGACAUUCUCCAACAGUUUAGAGCUCAACAAGCAGAUGGUGGAGCUUCUGGAAGACAUCUGUGCCAAACUUGGUGGGGAGAAUCCAGAGCAGUUUGCUAAAGCUGUAAUAUCCAGAAACCUUUACAUUCUUAUCCGAAGCACUAAAAGAGUCAAGACAAACAUUGAUGUCCUGAGAGAUUCUCUUAAUCUGAGUGAUUCAGAACUGCUUGCUCUUCUUCAAGGCCCUGGGGCAGAAAUACUGGACCUUUCCUGUGAGUACCUGAAGAAGAAUUUUAACACUCUCCAGCAGAGGAUGGUUUCACUUGGCUGUCGGAAAGCUGAUAUAAAAAACCUGAUUCUCAACUAUCCGAUGGUCCUGUUCAUUGGGCCAGACACACUGAGCUCUAAACUGGACUGUCUCCUGAAAGGUGGAGUAACAAUGAAGCAGAUAGUGGAAAAGCCAAAGGUUUUAGAUUACAGUACACAGAACAUUUUAGGGCGACUAGUGGAGCUGAAGAGAGUUGGAUAUGACUUCCAGAAGAGCGGCAUCAACAUCCUGGACAGUAGCCGAAAGCGGUUUGCUGCAAAGAUUGAAAAACUUAUUGCCUCACCUGAUGUAUGAAUGCGGCUGUCUGUAUUAUGAUGUUACAUAAUGUUGGGUGCUGCUUUUCUCGAACCUGGCUUCAUGGUUAUCAUGUUUUGUUCAUGUAGUAACUAGAAUAUGAUUUCUGACUUCUUGGAUGUCAAUAUGUCUGGUGGGGCUACAACAAACAGUUAUUUCAACAAUCACAAUUUCCUGUUCCCCAGGGUCCAUCUUCAAAUGACUUGUUUGUCCAACCAGUAAUCCAAAAACAAAAUGUUAUGAAACUUACUAUCUCAUAAGUCAACAAAAGCAGCAAAUUCUAACAAAUGAGAAGCUGGACUAGAGGAAAUUUUGGCAUUUUUGCUUGAGCAAUAAUUCAUUUAUCAACGCUGUUGCUGCUAAAGUUUGACUAAUCAAUUAAUUAGUAAUUACCUCAGCUCUAAUAUCUUGUACUUGAACUUGUGUUACUCACAGUACAUUUGCAGAGACUAACUGUAAGUUAAAUCUUGGAGAGCUGCUCUUGGAAUUUUGGUGGAGAUGCAAUCUUGAAAUAAAAGCGUUACAUCUGAUUAUGUGUUUCAAUCCUCAUUCCAGUUGUUUUUAUGUACUCAUAAAUAUGUGGUAACUGAUAUGAGGUAAUUCUUGGUGCAAUU